AGGCAGAUCCUCUUUUGUUGUUGGAAUUGUUGUUGGUGCUGCUGUCCUUGGUGUCUUUUACAGGUUCUUGACGCUCAAAGAAACAGAGCAACACAUUGCACACUCUUUUCUCCCCUCUUCGUCUGCCACAAGCAACUUCCCGUGUCGGAGUAUUUGAGCUGUUUUGUAGUGCACUAGCGCGUACGCAGUGAAUUGUCGAAAGCUGAAGUGGUAAUGAUGCCAAGUGAGUUGUUCGACCUCCUCGCACGCUAUUAUUUUGUCCUUUUCAAUUGUUUGUCGAGCUCGUCGGCAUUACGGUAGAUUUCAGCUUGACAAGUUGUUCUGGGGGGAGUGAUCACUUUCCUGAAGACUGAUUUUUUUCUUUUGAGCAGCGGACGAACUCAUGGAUUAUUACGUACGUUAAGCACAUCUUUUCGUUGCCCUUUAAACUUACUGGAUUGCGAUGGGGAAUCACCGCAAGAACAAGGAUCGGGCUGCGGCCCCUGAUGAAGGCGCUUCUUCAACCCAAGCGUCCUCGACCGAAGAACAGCCUGAAUCAGCUGAGACCCUCUUUUUGGGUCAGUACCAGCUGCCAGAAGAGUACACCGGAUUGGUAUGCCUGAGUCUCUCCAUCGCAGUCGUUGCUGGAAUUGCCUAUCUCGGGUACUCGCUUCGCGUGCGCAACGUUGCCGAGUUUGGCGCUCUGCUUCACAACAGCGAUCCGUGGUUCAACUACCGCGCCACGGAGUACAUGUCCGAGCACGGCUGGAAGGCGUUCUUCCGCUGGUUCGACUACAUGAGCUGGUACCCGCUGGGCCGCCCCGUCGGCUCCACCACGUACCCCGGCCUGCAGUUCACCGCCGUCGCCAUCCACCGCGUGCUGGCCGCGCUGGGGGUGCGCAUGUCGCUCAGUCAUGUGUGCGUGCUCAUCCCGGCGUGGUUCUCAGUGCUCGCCUGUCUGCUGCAGGUGCUCUUCUCCUAUGAGGUUUCCCACUCCCUGUCCGUCUCUGUGACGUCCACCAUUCUAUUUACUGUCAUCCCUGCGCACCUGAUGCGGUCCAUGGCCGGCGAGUUCGACAACGAGUGCAUCGCCAUGGCGGCCAUGCUGCUCACCUUCUACCUGUGGGUCCGCUCCCUCCGCACGCGUGCCUCGUGGCCCAUCGGUGCGCUGGCGGGCGUGGCGUACGGCUACAUGGCGGCCGCGUGGGGCGGCUACAUUUUUGUGCUCAACAUGGUGGCCCUGCACGCCGGUGUGGCGGCGCUGGUGGACUGGGCACGCAACACGUACAGCCCGUCGCUGCUGCGCUCCUACGCGCUGUUCUACGUCGUCGGCACCGCCCUCGCCACGCGCGUGCCGCCCGUCGACAUGGCGCCCUUCCGCUCGCUGGAGCUGCUCGGCGGUUUGGUGGUGCUCCUCUUUUUGUGUGGUCAGUCCGUGUGUGAACUCCAGCGCGCUCGUACCGGGGUGGAGCGUUUCUCCAGGCGCGGUGUGGCCCAGCUGAUUCGCAUUUACGCUGCCUUCUUUGUGGCGAUCGUGGUCGCUGCGUUGUGUGCCCCCGCCGGCUUUAUCAAACCCCUUUCCAUCCAGGCCGAUAAACUGAUUCGAAACGUCCCGCAUACCGGCAACCCGCUCGUGGAUGUCAUGCUCGCCGAAGACGCGUCCAACCUGCUUGUGGCGUGGCGGCUGCUCCUCUUCCCCUUUUUCGGUUGGAUGAUCGGUUUGACUCCUUUCCUCUCCUCCAUGACGGAGCACUACACACACGCCAAGUGCUUUCUGCUUCUGUAUGGUGUGGUGGGUCUAUACUUUAGCACGUGCACCGUACGCAUGAUUGUGAUGGUGGCGCCUGCGGCCUGCGUGUUCACCGCCUUCGUAUUCCAGUGGGUGCUGAACUUCGCGCAGGCGGGACUGUUCUGGACAGAGAUGCCCCCGGAGGAGGAGAGGAACGAAGGCGAUGCCGCGCGCACCGAAAAAGACCGCCCGCCACCGCAGACUGCCGAGGCGCAGGAGGCGGCUCUCCGGAAGAAAAAAGAGGAAUGGACGUCGAAGAACACAAAAAAGUUUAUGGUGCGCGUGUUACCCCUCAUGGCGCUUCUCUUCCUUGUGCGUCUUUCUGGGUUUGUGGAAGAUGUCAACGAAACGGCGGACCAAUUCUCCGCACCGGGCAUCGUAUUUCACAACCACCCGUCCACUGACUGGAAAGAUGACACCAUUGAUGAUUACUACAAAGGUUUUGUGUGGCUGCGCGAGCACACGCCUGAAGACGCCCGCGUCCUCGCCUGGUUCGAUUAUGGCUAUCAGAUCACCGGCAUCGGCAACCGCACGUCGCUCGCAGACGGCAACACGUGGAACUACGAGCACAUCGCCACCAUCGGCAAGAUGCUGACGUCGCCCGUUGCUGAGGCACACUCGCUGGUGCGACACAUGGCGGACUACGUCUUUAUCUUUGCUGGUGAUACCUUCUUCUCCGACUUGGAUCGCUCACCGCUGCUGGCUCGGAUGGCGAACAGCGUCUAUCACGAUAUCUGUCCGAAUGACCCGCUGUGCCGUCAUUUUGGUUUCCAAAAGAAGCAGAAGGCGGCGUUGAAGCGUCGCAGCCGCCUCCUGCAGCAUUCGGAGCUGCAAGCCGAGGACGAGGCACCUGUAGAAUACGAGCCCUCACCUCUGCUGGCACGGUCGCUCCUGUACCACCUACAUGCAAACGGCACAACGGAAGGCGUCUCACUCGACGCGAGCAUGUUUCAACACGUGUUCACUUCUAUUCACGGUCUUGUCCGCAUCUACAAAGUGAUGAACGUCAGCCGUGAGAGCAAGAGGUGGGUGGCCGAUCCCGCCAACCGCGUGUGCAACCCGCCGGGGUCGUGGAUCUGCCCGGGUCAGUACCCUCCCGCGAAGGAGAUUCAGGCCAUGCUGGCUCAUCAGCACUCCAACUUUCAGGACCUGGUAGACGCCUAUGAAGAGGCAGCGAUGGAAGAAAUGCUCGAUGACGAGUACGCAAGAGGUGGAGAUGAUAUGUGA